AUGAAGUUUUGGUUUUGGAUCUCGCUCUUUCUCAUUUUUAGGCCAAUGAGAACUGAAGAAAGAAAUUUUCGGGUUGUUAUUGAACAAGUUAACAUAAGCAAUGUGGACACAAAUGUGUACAGAAAUUUAAGUUGUGAGUUGCACCAGAUAAACAAUCGCAGCUACUUGGACUCGAGUCAUAUUUUUAAAUACACGAUUCGCGAUUUAAGUGUUCAUGCCGUCCUGGAUUUCUGGAAGCUGAACAGUAAAACGAAAAUGAAGCUUUAUGAUGUUCAAUUCGAUGCAUGCAAUUUUCUGGAAAAUGCUAGCAAAAACCGACUGUUUAAUGUUUAUGGCCAAAGUUUAAAAAAGCAUGCAAAUAUGAAAUUCAAGUGUCCAUUUCUUGCGAACGUAAGCUAUGAAGUGCACAAUAUGACAAUGGAUGAGCAGGAUUUCCCUUCGUUUGUACCUCUCGGAAAAUUUCGAUCGCUUAUUGAGUACUUGACAAAUCAAAAAUUGAUUUCCCGAUUCAUUGCAACUGGCAAAAUUAUGCCGUAUGCAACCGAUCCAUUUAAGGUGCUCCAAUAA